AUGGAUCUCAACGGUCCUGCCCUCGCACCGCCACCUGGUGUUAUUCCAAACCUGGACAACCCACCAAAUAACAAUGGACUCGCCAUUGGGGGAUGUUUCUGGGGGGCCAUUUAUGCCGAGAUAGGUCUUAUCGACACACCAGGUUAUUUCGUUCACCAAUGGAAUGUUCGAUUGAAGGAUAUGAUCCUCGCCCAAUAUUACGUCUUCCUCUUCGGCGUCUUUUAUUCAAUUGUUCUACCGUUGCUUAAAGUGACGAUUCUGAUAGGAUGUUGCCGAAUGUUCGCCCCAAGAGGCCGCCGGUCUGAGGGCUAUUUUUGGUGGGGGUGUGUGGUGGUUAUCUUCGUUCAGGUUGCCGCUGGAAUUAGCAUCGUGGUCGCUCUGAAUAUGCAAUGCAUUCCUCACAGCGCAAUCUGGGAUAUCACCAUCCUGGCAACUAGCAAAUGCUUUAACUUGUACAAGUUACAAGUAGCGUCUGCUAGUAUUCAACUGAUCUCUGAUGUGGCCAUUCUGCUCUUGCCUCAACAGGUUAUUUGGAGUCUCAAGAUGACCUGGCGAAAGCGACUGGGUGUCUCCUUUAUCUUUGGCCUCGGUUUACUGGCAUGUAUCUCCGCUAUCUUCCGACUCGAAACCACAAUCGCGCAUGGCAAGUCGGCAGAUGCUGUUUGGACGCUACCUCCCCUGGCAUUCUGGGCGACCGCUGAAAUGACAUGUGGCUUUUUUAUCGUGGCCCUACCGUGCAUUCCGAAGAUCAUGAUGGAGACAGGAGCCGGGGCUAAGAUAAAGAGCAUUCUCGGCAUGUCUUCUCUAGGGAAUACAUCUAAGCGGAAUUGGUCAAGUGAAGGAACAGCCCAGUCAUCAAGCAAUCACAGCAGGUUGGCGGGAAGCACAGCUAAUGCCUACUACAAGAUGGACACUCUGAAGCCAUCUGAAUCCACCGAGUACCUGCAGAAGGAACAACAAAAGCAUAUUUUGGAAAUGCAGACCGGUGCCACUGCUAUCACAGACGAGUUUUACGGAUAUUUGCCAGAUUCCAUUACCGAAGCUAGUGAAUGUCGGGAUCUAUUGGCAGGAUUAGUGGAUUACGUCCACAGCAAUGGGCCCUUCGAUGGAGUAAUGGGAUUCUCAGAGGGAGGCAUUAUGGCGGCUAUGCUACUUGUGGAAGAUGCCCGUCGUCCCUUUGCAGGAUUCAAAUGUGGGAUAUUUUUUAGCGCAGCUUUGCCCUUGGACCCAGAUGUGGUCCGUACGGAAAUUCUACGGUGUAUCGACCCAGAUACCGAUGGAGUCGUGCUCCAUAUUCCUACCGCACUAAUAGUUGAGGCAAACCUUGUUCGUUUGCGGGGUCAAUCACCCCUGGCACCAUUGUGGUGCCAGAAGGAUGCGCAGGAGGCACUAGUUCAGAUAUGCGAUGAGAAGUUACGCGAGGUGGUCCGACAUGAUUUAGGGCACCAAAUUCCCGGGUCCAAAUCGAUGGAGGGAUUUUUGGAGACAGUUCAAGCCAUUGAAAGGACCAUUGAGAGGGCUAUUGAUCUUUUUAGCUAG